AUGGCUGAAGGGUCGAUCAAGUCGAGGAUUGCCGCGCUCAACCUCGAGGAGGUGCACACUCCUACACCGGGCGCCAAGCCGACCUACUCGUACGAUGCUUCGACUGCAAAGAAGAAGCCACCGCCGCCGCCGCCCAGCGCGCGCCCUCCCGCCUACUCGCGCCAGACAGUCAAUAACCCGCCAGUCCUGAGCAAUGCGCCCACCUCCGCGCGACAACUCGGCAACCAGCCCAUAGUAGUGAACGAAUCCGAAAAACCAAAAGUCUCGCCCGCGCUGCCCCCUCGUCCGCCUCCGCGCAAUGCCAGCACGCCUCGCCAAACGCCAACACUGCCUCCGCGCAAGGCGUCUGAAUCGAGCGUGCGCAGGCGCGAGUCUUCUGAGUCAAUUUCCACAAUCGCGUCAGGCAUAUCAACGCUGUCAUUGGGUUCUGUGAAGACGAAUGGCUCAGGAUAUAGCAAUGGAAGUACAGGCACGGUAUAUCAGGUCAGGGCUCCGGCCUAUGACCCGUCAAAGCUGCCACCGCUGCCAGCCAAGAAAGCACCCGAGGACCCUAAACAGAGCAAGGCGACGUUGAAUGCUAUGAAGAGCAAGAGGGAUUAUGUGUCUCCUCGGGAACUGCCCCCUCAGCUCAAGACUCCCAACCUACCGGCAAGACCCUCUCUACCUCCUAGACAGUCCAUCGUUCGCGAGCGAUCACCUCAGCCUGUGCCAGCGCUGCCACAGAGGCAAUCCUCAAACGACACCUCUCGAACAAACAGACUGAUCGCACCACCGCCGCCGCGACGGUCAGCGUUGGACAUGGGCUUCAACAAUAAGGCCGCUACACCCCCACCUGUGCCUUCAACUCGCCCACCAGCAGUUACAUCCGAUUCCGCCCCGGCUCUUGGUGCACCACCACCUGUUCCCAUGUCGUCCAGACCGAACCUCAGCGCCCUCAUGGCUUCCAAGCCGAAACCAGGUGCUGCUCCAUCAAGUUGCCUGAAGUGUCGGGACUUCUCAGGUCCAGACAAUCACGCUGCGCAGUUCCCUCGUACCCAACUUCCCAACUCAGACGUGGGCUGGCUUGCUCAUCAACUAUGCUCACAGUUUCCCUCACCUACAGACAAGGCUCGAGCGAUCUUCACCUGGCUUCAUCACAACGUCGACUACGAUACUCACUCGUUCUUCAAUAAUUCGGUUAUGCCUACUACACCCGAAAAGACAAUUGCAUCAGGUCUGGCAGUAUGCGAAGGUUAUGCCGGUCUGUUCGCUGCUCUGGCUCUGAAAGCUGGGUUGGAAGCUAUGGUAUGUUCCGGUGCGUGCAAGGGCUACGGCCACGCACCUUUGGAGCCUGGUCAACCUACACCACCUUAUGAAUCGACACAUGCCUGGAACGCUGUCAAGAUCGACAACGGAGAAUGGAAGCUUAUUGAUCCCUGUUGGGGAGCUGGACACCUAGGGUGUCAGAAUAAGGGCGAAGGAUACGUACGAGCCUUUGCUCCGCAGCAUUUCAUCAUGGACAACAACGAGUUCGGUUUGAAGCACUACCCUGGAGAAGCCUCUCACCAGUUCCGCACCGAUGGACGCAUCAUGUCAUACGAAGAGUUCAUGCGACAUGACGAGGGCGGGCGCCUCUUCCUCUGCGGCAAUGGCAUGAAGCUCCACGGCUUCGGCGAGCAAACCUUUGAACCAUCACAAGCCAAGAUCAAAGUAAACGACCCCUACGCACCAGCGGUAGUCCGGUUUCAAAUGUCAUUCAUCUGCCCGCACUGGGAUCCCCAGAUCAACGGAAAGGGCCCGCCCUACAUUAUGCUCCUAAGCAUUGCCGGCAGAGACGGCCGGAAGCCAGACUACAAGCCGUUGAACACUGACGGGCGCACUUGGUGGCUCGACUGCCCGCGCAUGGACCUCGGUGCGCCGGGCCAGAAGAUUUCGAUUGUGGCCGUAACAGAAUUUAAUAAGAAGGAUGCACGGGGUUUGAGCCUGGCUACUUGGAACAACAAGAGGGCAUACUCGUGUGCUGUCGUCGUGGGCGUGGUCAGCGCCGUGGACCAGCAGACAGCUACACUCGUUCUCCAAGAUGUCUUCUUCCCAAACUCGGGUCACCGUGUCGCUUCCUACACGGUAGAGGGCCAAAUGAUUGCAGACAUCAAGGUCAAUCCGUCCGCGCCCGCUCCUCCCCAACCUCUGCCCACGCGAUCAGGCCCGCAGGCAUACUCACACUCGCAGUAUCCUCCGGGCCAUAUCCAGCGCCAGUCGCAGCAUAUGGGCCAACAAGUUCCGCAUCUUGUUAGCCAGCCGUCCGGGAUCCCGCCUGCAGGCGCACCUGCCUACCAGAAUGCUCGUCAAGCGCCUCGCCAGACUGCUCCUCAGCCAGCUCCGGCCGCGCCGUUUGUCGAUCCUGCGAUUCUCAGUAUGGGAAAGCGCACUUCUACCGCCCCUAUCUUGGGUGGUCCUGUUUCCGCAACCCCCCAGGAAGCCCCUGCGACGCCUAUAAAGCCCGUGGCUGCUGCGAGCGCGGCGACUGUACCGAAGAACACGUCCUCGUUCGCAAGCCAUGCGAAGCAACACAACGUCCGAAAGCCGAGUGCGGCGACUCUGGAAGGCCCAUUCUCGUCGCUGGAUAUUGCGGACGCUGAGGAGGCGGACAGUGAGGCGCGGACAGCACAGGUGAAUGCGCGAAGGGCAAGCAUCACCAAGACGAGGACCGGCAAGCCUAUGGAUGACCCCAGCCCGCAGAAGAACGACGACAAUGGCAAGAAGACUCGAAGAGGGGGCAAGUCUCGUAAGAAGGAACUUGCCGCUCAAGAGAGGAAGAACGGUGAUGUUGAGGCGGUCAAGAAAGGCAAAGGCAAUGGUUGGAGAAACACUCCCAUGCUACAAGCCGCCGAACAGCCACAGACGAGAACUCCCGGAGUCAUCGGCGGCAGAGUCGGUCUCGCAGCGGCGAACGCGUCGAAUCGCAAAACCAAACGGCAACAGGCGCUCGAAGCUACGAACGGCUGGGCUACGGAAGAUGCGACCGAUAUCCAGGACAUGCCUGAGUUCGACUUCCAGAGUAACCUCUCCAAAUUUGACAAGCGUACGGUGUUCAAUCAGAUUAGGAAUGAGGACACCACUGCAGACGAGGACCGCCUGGUCAGCUUCAAUCGCUUGGCAAGACCUGGUACACACGGAGGAAAGAACCUUCAUCCUACGGAAAACGUGUUGGAUCGGAAGCUGAAAAGCACGACCAACACAAGCUCUGAGGAAGAAGAGGAGGACUUUGGCAGCGGACGUAACUCUAGACGGGCAAUGUCCAGGGCUUCAGUCAAGAUGGCACCAACACGGCAAGGCAGCGUACAAGCCGACAUGGAUAUGAUGGGCUCAGGCGUGUUGCCGCGCACUAACCGUUCGUUCAUCAACCGCCCCUACACGUCCUCACACGCUACCGGUAGCCCCAGGCCAGGGCGCGUUGCUACACCACCAGAGUCGCCUCUCGAGUCUAGCGCUAAGGGCUGCUUACGACUGGUGUCUAACAACCGCAAGUGUUUCGCUAUUACUCCUGGCGCUAUGCUGGCAGUGGAAGAGACCGCUGAGGUAGAUUUCGGCCUCAACGAAGACAUCAUGGCUGAGAACUCUGGACGAGGUAUCGCAGAAGUUGCUCUGACUGCUAUAAAUCCCGGAGGCAUGCGUCUUUCGCGCGCCAAUCCAAACGCCAACCCCGUUAUUGUAGUUCUCGCAGGCAACCACCGCGGCGGCGCACGCGCAGUAGCAGCGGCACGGCACCUCGCCCAACGCGGGCCAAAAGUCAUGGUCGCCCUCCUCGGCUUCGAACGCAACGCAGACUGGGAUAAGGACAUACGCCGUCAAGUCGAGCUCUUCCGCAAAUUCGGCGGCACCGUCCGCUCCUGGAACGCUACAGAAGAAGCCCUAAAGCGUCUUCAAGCACCACCGGAACUUAUUAUUGAUGCUCUGCUCGGCCGCCACAAGGAAUUUGAAGCCCUUGGCGACCAAGACCAACGCGUUGUUCUCAAUAUCGUCGGCUGGGCCAACAAAUCGCGUGCAGCAUGCCUCGCGGUUGAAACACCCUCUGGCGUCGGCGGUUCGACAGGCGAAGUCUCCAUACUAGAAGGCGAGCCCCUCGAAGUCCGCGCAAAGUACAUCGUUUGUCUCGGCGCGCCACGCACAGGGCUCGUCAAAGCGCUACAAAAUGGCUCCGGACGCGAUCCGCAGUGGCUUAUCUGGAUCGUGGAUAUCGGCGUCAAUCGUCCUUGGCGUAACGCUGGUAUCAGCGGGGGUAAAGGCAUCAAGUUCGGCGAACAGUGGGUCGUCCAGGCUGUUUUUGAGGAGCCUGGUGGUAUACCGGGGGCUUAG